AUGGCCACGUUAAACUUCGCGCCAUUCAACUAUGGCGCCGAGACAUGGGAGUCGUACACGGCUCGAUUUGAAUGCUUCCUGGUCGCACACGACCUUACCGAGCUGACAGAUGAGAGGAAAUGCGCGUUUUUCUUGUCCGUGUGUGGCUCAGACGUUUUCCACACAGCCAGAGCUCUGACAGCUCCUGACCCUAUAAAGGCCGUUCCGUGGCCUGAGCUAAUGGCCAAACUGAAGAGCCAUUAUGCUCCGUCCCCGUCCAAGAUAGCCAGCCGGCACGCCUUCCAUCAGCGAAGCCAAGCUGAGGGGGAGUCCGUGAGUGCCUACGUUGCUGCCUUACGAUCCGCCGCCCUGCACUGCGAGUUCCGGGACUUAGAUGAAGCUCUUCUCGACCGUUUAGUGUGUGGCCUCCGCGACCUCAAACUACAGAAGAGGCUUCUAACGAAGUCAGACUUGUCAUUCCAGAAAGCCUUCGAUGAAGUGCGGGCCUCCGAAAUAGCUGCUGCUUCGCUAGCCACCAUCGCGAAGACCCGGGCCGCCAAUGCCGCGCAGCCUGCCAAUGCCUUUAACACAGUGACCGGUCAGCCAGACUCGGAAAGCGAAGAGUCCGAUGCUGAAACAUAUAAUGAGGACAUCAACCGCCUUGACGAGGCGAGCAGAAAGAGCUGGCAGCGGCAGAAGAGCAGACCUAAAUCUGCAUGUAGUGGUUGCGGAGGUAACCACGAAAGAGCUGAGUGCAGAUUCAGGCAAGCUCUCUGCCAGCGCUGUGGCAGAAAGGGUCACAUCGCCCGAGUAUGCCGAGCAGCACAGCCCAUGUCCUUUCCCGAGUCACAGACCGAGCGGUCGCGGCCACAUCGUCCCAGAACAGAGGGCUCCAAGAAAGCGAGAGUGGACUGCCAUUCCAUUCUCCGCAACUCGCACCAUGGCCUUUCGUGCAACCAACUUCAGAGGAAAAUUCAAUUGAAGGUCAUGGUUGAAGGGAAGCCCUGCGAGAUGGAGCUCGACACCGGCUCUGCAACAUCUAUAGUGUCGUGGAGCACCAUCAAACGCAUCGUGCCGCAGCUUUCUAAACGCCAGCUAAACGAUUGCCAUCUCACACUGAGAGACUAUCAGGGCAACCUGAUCCCAAUAAUUGGCACCCGCAAAGUCAGAGUGCAGUUCAAGGGGUUUGAUGGCCGCCUACCCCUCAUCGUAGUCGACGGACGGCUGCCCAGCCUUCUCGGCCUCGACUGGUUCCAGUCCCUGGGUCUGCAGAUCAGCGGAAUUCACCACCUCAGCUCCAACGCACUCGACUGCCUGGUCAACGAGUUCCCUGACGUUUUUGAUGGCAAAUUGGGCAAGUACACGGGCACGCCGGUUUCCUUUAACCUCGACCCGUCCGUACAGCCAGUGCGGAUGAAGCCUCGCCGGGUGCCCAUCGCCCUCAAACCAAAAGUAGACGCUGAAUUGGACAAAUUAGUGGCUCAAGGCAUUUUGGAGCCAGUGGACCAUGCCAGAUGGGAAACACCCAUUGUGCUACCCAUCAAACCAGAUGGCAGCGUGAGGAUUUGUGCUGACUACCGCUGCUCAAUCAACCGUGCCUUGCCUGCCCACGCAUACCCAGUACCAGUGGUUCAACAUCUGCUGCACACCUUGGGCGAGGGGACUGUAUUCGCGAAGCUCGACCUCGCCCAAGCCUAUCAACAGCUGGUCGUGGACGAUGAAGCAGCUGAAGCACAGACAAUUGUCACGCACCGGGGUGUGUUCCGUUGCCGCAGACUGCAGUUUGGGGUCAGCAUUGCCCCGGGACUGUUCCAGAGCUUAAUGGAAAGGCUGCUCCAAGGACUGCAAGGCGUCAUCCCCUAUUUUGACGACGUCCUUGUGUCAGCCACCUCCAUGGAUGAACUCAUGGCACGUUUGCGCAUGGUUCUCCAGAGAUUCCAGAAAGUGGGCCUGAAGGUUAAGAGAGAUAAAUGCCAAGUUGCGGUAUCCCAGAUAGAAUUCUUAGGGUUCCUCAUCGAUGGCAAGGGCAUCCACCCCACGGCUGCCAAAACCAAAGCCAUCGUUGAGGCCCCUGCUCCAAAAAACAGAGCUGAAUUACAGGCCUUUUUAGGCCUACUUAAUUUUUACGCUGUCUUCCUUCCCCACAAGGCGACAGUCGCUGAGCCACUGCAUCGCCUCCUUGACUCGGGUGCCCCUUGGGUGUGGGGCCGCCGGGAAGCCUCCGCGUUCUUAGCGGUCAAGCACCUGCUUGUUUCCAACGAUGUAUUAGUGCAGUACAGCGAGCACUUGCCCCUUGUGCUCGCUUGUGACGCUUCACCCUAUGGGGUGGGCGCCGUCCUUUGCCACCAGUUACCCAGCGGAGCAGAGGUGCCAGUUGCCUAUUUUUCUCGCACACUCUCCGCCGCUGAACGUAACUAUGCCCAAAUUGAUAAAGAGGCUCUUGCCAUUGUGGCUGGGGUGCGCCGGUUCCACCAUUACUUGUACGGCCGCCCGUUCCAAAUUGUCACCGAUCACAAGCCCCUGCUCGGGCUGCUUGCUGGAGAUCGCCCUGCCCCACAGGUUCUCUCCCCACGCAUGACCCGCUGGUUUGUUUUCCUGGCCUCCUACGACUAUCAGCUGAAACACAGACCGGGGAAGCAGAUCGCCCACGCCGAUGCUCUCAGCCACUGGGUUAAGCGAGGGUGGCCAAAAGACCCCGUAGACACCGUUUACCUUCCCUUUAAAUCUCGCCUAGCGGAGCUCUCCGUUCAGCGCGGCUGUUUGCUAUGGGGCCAUAGGGUUGUCGUACCUGCCUCACUGAGGACUACUGUCUUGCGGCAGCUACAUCACGCUCACCCGGGAAUUGUCCGGAUGAAAGCCUUAGGUAGAAGUUAUGUAUGGUGGCCUAAGCUAGACCAAGGCAUCGCCGACCAUGUCGCCAACUGCCCGCAAUGCCAAGGUGCCCAGGCGCUGCCACCAAAAGCUGAGCCGAAGGUGGCUCCCUGGUCCCGCAUUCACGUUGAUUUUGCUGGCCCUAUUCACGGCCACAUGCUCCUUGUUGUUGUGGAUGCUUUCUCGAAAUGGCUCGAGGUCGUCCACAUGUCCACUACUACUGCAGACGCGCUGAUAGCGACCCUGCGUCGUUUGUUUGCCACCCACGGCCUGCCCGAUGUGUUGGUGUCCGACAAUGGACCGCAACUGACAGCUGCCAAGUUUGAAGCUUUCCUUGCUUCCCAAGGCAUCCGACAUGCCCUCACCUCCCCGUUCCAUCCCGCUAGUAAUGGCUCGGCGGAGCGCGCUGUCCGCUCCGUCAAAGAGGCUCUGUCCAAACUAGACCACCUUCCCUGGCAGGAAAGGAUUGACGCCUUCUUACUCGCCCACCAUACUACUCCCUCGCCAGACACAAACACAAGCCCAGCUGAGCUCCUUAUGGGACGACGGUUGCGGACAACAUUAGACCGUUUGCACCCCACUUACUCCGUUGCCACCCCAUUGGAUUCCCGGGGAGGGCCCCGUUCCUUCAGCCAGGGGGAGGCAGUGUAUGCCCGGAAUUAUGGUCAGGCUCCUCGACGGCAGAGUCUGGAAACGCCAUUGCGACCAGUUGCGGAGCAGGCACCAACCACCAACAAGCCAGCAGCAGUCAACCGACCUGCCAACCCCGACGGGCACGACGACCGACGCAGAGCCAGGAAACGAGGAGGUCAACCGAGAUCCGGCAGCCUCAGUCCCAAACCGAAGCGGCGACUUACCUGGUGGGCCAGCACCAUCCUGCGUUCUCCGGUGGCCCAGGCGAUCACCGUCCUCAGAUGCAGAGUCCUCGGUCGAACAGCCAGAGCCUUCAAACAAAGCAGAAGGGCCUAG